UAGCAUACACACAGGUGUGCAGAGGCAGGGCAGACUGCUAUAUAAUGCAGGCAAGACAGUCUGGGCGCCACACUGACCGCUGACUUCUACUGCUGCUGUUGCUGUUCUUCAGAGUAAGUUGGUGAGUCAUGAGGGCAACACUGGUGGCGCUGGCGGUGGUGUGGAUGACGCUGCUGGCGGGAGGCGGCCGCUGCAUGAGUGACUACGUGGUUGCCAACGAGAUGGAAGUAAUGGUAGGCAGCCUUGAAAGAGGAGGACCAAGGGACGAACUGAAUGCUUUAUUUACCAAAGCCCGGAGACAUUGUGCCUGCAUGGAGCUCACUAAGGAAGGCACCACGAGGGAGGAGCUGUGUCAGUGUAUCGCAGAGAUCCGAACAUGCGACGAGAAGCACAGACCGACCAGGCACACGUCUGAAAACCAAUAUUCUGACAGGCUUUACAAGUGGAUGACCUGCUUGGGUGAAGACAAACUUCCCAUGUACGUCCAGUGCCGGAAUAUCGUGGUCCAUCAGCCUCUGCAGAUGAUGUGUCAAGCCAAGGCACUGCACUGCGAGUAGAACGACAGUACCGGUGACCAAGACGGACUACCAUGCUACUUCCCGGCUUUACUGAAGUACUCGUCAAACACACACAUACACACACACACACACACACACACACACACCACACACAUAUAGACACACGUCCCAUAGCGGCCACGGGGGACAUAUUAAUAUUAUAUCCAAUAAACUUUGAAGCAUC